AUGGACUCUCAGUGGCAGCCAUAUAAGGAUCCCUUGGUGGGUCGUCCUGCGCAGUACAACAACGGGUUGACGUCGAAUCCGAACACCCAACAGCUGCCCUCAACCUAUAACGGCCAGCCACAAUCAGCGCAGGCCCCGGCUGGUUACACCUACGAGCCUUUUCAGAGCCCCGGCAUCGUUGCGAAAGCGCCCUCGACCAAAUCGGCCUCGAUGGCCUCGUCUCCGACUGCUACACCACAUACCCGAGAUUAUGUCACUGAUCAGGAUGCCAUCAUGGAAGAUGCGGAUCCAUAUAACCGGGCUAAAUAUCCUACGCGAUCUAAUCAGCAGAGCCGACCGUCUUCGCAGUACUUUCCUACCGAAGGGUCUUCCGCUGCCCGCAGGUACUCUCCAAUGAACGUUCUGUCGCCGACUCUGCCCUACAACUCAAGCCCUGGAAAGGCUGGCAAUUCCUACGCUUUCCCGCCCGCAGCGCAUCCCUCUCGACAAUCCCCAACUCGUGCACCAAAUUACUCAUCGCCUCCCCAGCCGUUUCAGUCACCGUCUUCGGCUAAUGUUGAAUAUGCAGCAGCUGGUUCGCGUCCACCGAGGCUACCCCCACUGCAGCCCACCGACAUGAGCCCCGAUCAGUUCUUCGGGCCAUCAUCAGGGCCCCAGCUCAGCUCGCCGUUCGCACAAGAUGGCCGACAAGCGCGCACGGGAUCUGGAGCCGUUCAGCAACCAGGACGAGGCCCUGUGCCAAAGUUUCAGAAAUUCAAGUCGAUACAGGACCUUCAGCCCCGUAUCAACGCUCAACCUGCGUACCGGCGUGCUAAUCCAGAGGGAGGCUUCAUCAGCCCACUUCAAGCAUUGACAAACUAUCUUCCGGCUACUUAUCGGAUCUGCAACCCGAAUUUUCAUUACGAGUCAUCAAGAAACCCUCGCCGAGUUCUCACUAAACCGAGUAAAGGGGUGAAGAAUGACGGCUACGAUAAUGAGGACAGCGACUACAUUCUGUAUGUCAACGACAUUUUGGGAAGUGAAGAGGCAGGGCAUAAGAAUCGCUAUCUUAUUCUCGAUGUACUCGGUCAGGGUACCUUCGGGCAAGUCGUCAAGUGCCAGAACCUCAAGACGCAGGAGGUCGUCGCCGUUAAGGUCAUCAAGAACAAGACUGCCUAUUUCAAUCAGAGUAUGAUGGAGGUAUCGGUGUUGGAUCUGCUCAACAGCAGAUACGACAAAAAUGACGAUCACCACCUCCUCCGGCUAAAAGAUACUUUCAUCCAUCGCCAGCAUCUGUGCUUGGUAUUCGAGUUGCUCAGCGUUAACCUGUACGAAUUAAUCAAGCAGAAUCAGUUCCGCGGCUUAAGCACCACCCUUGUACGCGUUUUCGCACAGCAGUUGCUCAACGCACUGAGCCUUCUGAAUAAGGCACACCUGAUUCACUGCGAUCUUAAGCCGGAGAAUAUUUUACUGAAAAAUCUUGAAAGCCCCAUCAUCAAAGUUAUCGACUUCGGAUCUGCCUGUGAUGAACGACAAACUGUUUACACGUAUAUCCAGUCCAGGUUUUACCGCUCGCCUGAGGUACUUCUCGGAUUACCGUAUUCUUCUGCAAUCGACAUGUGGUCUCUCGGUUGUAUCGUCGUUGAGCUUUUCCUGGGUCUGCCGUUGUUCCCUGGUUCUUCCGAAUACAAUCAAGUGUGCCGUAUUGUGGAGAUGUUAGGUUUACCACCAACCUGGAUGUUAGAAAUGGGCAAACAAUCCGGUGAAUUCUUCGAGAAGACUCAGGACGAGUUUGGGCGAAAGAGCUACCGCCUGAAGAGCUUGGAACAAUAUUCCCGAGAGCACAACACGAAAGAGCAACCCAGCAAGAAGUACUUCCAGGCAUCGACAUUGGAAGAGAUCAUUCGAAGCUACCCAAUGCCUCGAAAAAACAUGAAACAGGCAGAGAUCGAGAGAGAGGUCAACAACCGUGUUGCUUUCAUUGACUUUGUCCGCGGCCUGCUAUCAAUCAACCCCCUAGAACGCUGGUCGCCGCAACAAGCCAAGCUGCAUCCAUUUAUCACGCAACAGAAAUUCACAGGACCGUUUGUGCCCCCGAUGAAUUUGAAGUACUCAUCGCUUAACAAGACUCUCCCGCCCGGUAUCCAACAGCAGCAGCAAGCGGAAGCCGCAAGUAAGCAAAGGGCGGCGCAUGCUCAAUCUGCCGCACAAAGCGCAUACACCAUGCAAAUGAACCAGUAUCAUCCUCCGACGCAUGCGCAACAACCACCACCAAUGUAUACAGGGAUGUAUGCGGGGCACCAGCAACCUCCUCCGCCUUAUCCCACACAGCCACCAGCGUACGGCCACCAAAUGAACCUUAUGCCGGGUCAAAUGCCGCAAAAUCAGUACGGGCCUUCUCAAAGUCUUUAUGCGCAAGCGACUACGAGGGCUGGCCGUCAACGUGCGUCAACGAUGGAUCCCCAAGGGGUCCCACCUACUAUACAACGAGUUGCAAGCCACCUUGACCCUAACGCGCCUAUUCGGCUGCAGCCAAGCCCGGCCUACUACCCUCCGCCAGCAGAUGGAUAUGCUGACCCCAAUGCUGCAAAUCAAAGGCGGCGAGGAAGCCGUGUUGGUGGAACGCGAAACCGAGAUUUUAUACGUACUCUUGAGGACGGCGUCUUGGGAGAUGGCUACAUGGGUCAGAACCAAUGGCAUUAA